AGCAGGGUCUUUUUUUCGAGCAAUCAGAAAAAAUAAUGUGAUUGCCACCGUGUAAUAAUUUUGAUAGGACGACACCACAUCCAUUCUUUUCUUGACCAUGCUCAACAUGAACUGAAGGCUUUGCAAAUGCUACCUUCACACCAAAUCGAUGAAUGUGUCGAUCAAGUACGUCCAUCGUCUUUCUUUGCGUUCAAAAGUGACUCAAUCCGAUUAAGUAUUACUGUGCUCGUCGCAUCCCAUGUGUUUGGUAAUUCAUACCAAUGUGAACUAAUGCCAAUGUGACUUGAUUGCAGUGUGGACCUCUCUAAAUCAUUUCUGCUGAGGACGGUGCUUCUAUAAGGCCGCAGGAAUUAUCAUCCGAACGCCGCCGUGUAAUUAUGCAGCCUAAACAGUUAUAUUCAUCUGAUUACCACCGUGUAGUAAGUUCAAGAGGCUUGAGUUCUGCGUUGAUGUCUAUUAUUGAAUAUCAGACUUUCGAAAGAGGUGGAUCUUACAUUUCAAGAAAUACACUAGACACACUACCACUCUUCCUUUGAAAAAAAUUAGGAGUAAGAAUAUUGAAGUCAGAUCGCCAAGUAGAUUAGCAUCAUCAAGAGCAUUCAGGUCAGUAACGAGACGCUACAGCAGUGCUUCUCCAAAAACAAACUACAACUAGCAACAGCGCGAAGCUACACCAGCACAACACCAAGAAGAAGAAAAUGACUGACGCCCAAAUUCAAACCAAAUUCGCACUAUCCGGCGACAAGUCGGUGCUGAAAUUUUAUGGGGAGUCUCUGCAGUUUUCUGUCUCAAAGUAUGUAAGUUUGUAAUGCUUCCGCAUAUUGAUUAUGCUGAUGGGUCCCUUCUUUGAGUUCUACGUCUACACACGCUUACGCACUAGCUGCAAAUUGCCAGUACUCGAGAAGAGGAGAAGACCAUAACUAUAUAGCGUUCGGUCUUCAGUGACAUUUUUUUCAAUAUGAAGCUCGUCUAUUUUGAUGCAAGAGCUAGGUAGCAUCUUCUUCUGCCUCUAAGUUCGGAACAUUCGCGAAUGGGACGAUACAAGCUUGUGCGAGCUGCAGACCGCUCUACUGGCGAAAAAAUGGACGGUAUUUUUUUAGUUUUUUAUUGCUUAUGAUCUUCAGUAGGGGGGGGGCAGUCACCGCUAGCCUUACUCUUAGGGCGCCACGCUAGGCCUAGGGCCAGGCGGUUCUACUUGGCGAGCGCGCUCGACUGCGACGCUGAGGAGUGGGGGGGUGCUGUGGGCCAUCUGUGUCGCCUCGCAGGUCACUUCCCUGGCAGCUGCAGGCGCAACAGCGGCGGGAAAGUAUAAGGGAACGGCGUGGCGGCGGCCAGCAGGGGGGGGCGUCGCGCCUGAUCUGCGUCGGGGAAGCCGUGAGAGCGGGCAGCCUGGUCGCCGCUGCUGCGUCAGGCUCGGGCUGGAUCUGGAAGCACUUUGGACGGCAAGCACCAACGCGGUGGCGGUGGUAGGUCCGGGCGGAAGCGGUGCGGCGUCGUCGCUACCGAACUGGUGCCGCGCGCAGCUUCUAUCUGGGUGGAUCCGCUGAGGCUGCUACUGUCCUCGGCGGGGAGGCCGCUGCCCAUCUCGAGAAGAAUGCCAGCGCGGCCGGCUUGUCUUGUUUAUUGGCGGGCCGAACGAUGGGAGAGGAGACAACGCGGGCAGGGCAGUGGAAACGGUGCGCGGCUGGCGUUCAUCUGCGUUAAGCUUGGAAAGUGUUGGCGGGCGAACAAGUGUGGACGCGGGGAGAUGCGCCUUUAGAUUUUGAGGACGAUGAAGCCGGGAGGCGGUAAAAAACUCGCGGCAGCCGCAAAAAUUUACGGAGACUACGCAGUCGCGCCGCGCUCGAGGCGUUUCAUCCGGGGCAAGUGUCGGAAGCUUCGGAAGGCUGCGCGGAUGAAGGAGGGCGCCAGGCAUUCCCGCGAUCAUGAACCUGGAGAGGUCUGCGCCUGGUGCUGCGCUUGACCGAUUGGCUGGCAGAGUAUUGCCGUGCGUAGUUUUCUGGCCGUGCGUAGUUUUCUGGUGGAGGAGGUGGGGGGCCUUGGAGUGCCAUUGCGCGCGCGGGCUUGCGGCUUGCUCGGAUUUUUUGGUGGGAGCAAGCGCGCGCCGCUUUCGUUGCUGGCUUUGUGGCGUGCGUGGCUAAGCCAGCCGCCUGAGCGUGCUUGUUUGGGGCGGGGAAAAGGGGUGCCGCCUUGGGCAAACGGGUGGCCUUUGUUGGCGGCUUUUGGUCGGGGGUGCUGAACGCUUUGCAUCUGCGUGCGUUCUCGUUGCUUGGGGUCAAGCUUUCUGCGUUUGCUUGUGGGGUUCGCGGUGGGGCUUGAGGGAGUUGGCGGAGGUUACAUACCCGCAGCCGCUCAGUGGCUUGGAGUUGGAAGGGGGUCGACCGCGCCGAGUCGCCUUACCUGGCGCGACGGUUUUUUUGCGUGCGCCAUAUCUGCGGCUGAGCGUGCGUCGAGGGCUUGCAAAGAUCUUGGGUGCCUACGUAAUGGAUUGCUUCUCUCGUUUGUAUAAUGUUCUAUUUUUUUCAGUUCAUGACUCACCAUGCAUGUAGUACUAGUAGUAGAGCAACCAUCUGUGCACUUAUUUUUUGCUUCAGCUCCCUAUCUUUGUCACUUGCAUUCCCUUAGUAGCUUUAUUGUCGACAAAAUCUCGAGAUUGAUGCUUUCUGAUUUUUUACCCAGGUAUCGCAAUUGCUGCUGGCGGCACCUGAGGAUGACAACAAGUACCAAUGCCUGUCGCUGCUUAAUAUGCUGGGAGACAAUUGGAAAGCAGCCAAAGCGGUACACAUAUGCAUUAAAGCUCAUGCACCCCGGUUUAGUGUAGACUUUUCUUCAUGUUCAGUGUUGCUGUGAAACUCCUUCUAAUGUAGUCUACUUGGCUUGACCAAAGUGAUUAGAACAAGCAAAGUAUUUUGUAAUAAGUCGGCGAGAUUAAUAUGAAAACUUUGCACCACUUUGAAUGGGAGACGCUCACUCCGAUUCGCGUGGUUUUUUCCUGACGUAACCCUUGCUUUUUCUUCCGCAUCAGAUCGAGAAUAUCAAGGCGAAGCUUAAGGAAGUGGAAAAUGCUUCUUAAGUAACAUUAUCUGGGGAAAGCAGUAAGUAGCAAGAAAAUAUACUAGACAGGCGACCCAGGUAAUGCUACCGAAGAAUCUAAAACUUCGUUGGCCUCUAAGUAUUAACCGAAGGACAUCAAGGACGGCCUCGUUAUGGAGCAGUUAGUAUAUUCAUCGUUGUAGAUAGUUUCGGAAUUCCACUGAAUCCCAUCGAUCUUCCGCGUUAGAAGAUAAGUUCUUAUAAUUCGCAGACCUACGACUCGUCCCAAACUCAGAAACCCUAUGCAUGAAGCAUUUCUUCUCCGUCGUUGAUCUUCUAAUCUGGUGAAGUCUGUGCUGCCCGAGCACGAAUUAAACUUAUGAGACGCAACAGACUCAAGACAAUACCGCACUGCUUAGGUAGAAAUGGUUCACGCGUGCUGCUUCUAGUCUUCAGGCUUAAACGAUAUCAGGCAAUUACUAGAAGCACUACGGUUUGACUUGGGCUUGUCUGUUUUUUCUCUAAUGAGAAUGCGCGUUGAAUCGGUACCAUCCGGAUUAAGAACCAUUCUCAUCAUUUUUUGAAGACGAUCAUCUAGGUCAGCAGGUAUCUACGAUGCUAGUUUUUUGGAUUAGAAACGUCAUCCAUAUAUAAAAGUGAGGUGAAGUAGUCAAGUAUUUUUUAUUGGACAGUGCAGCUUCGUUCGUCAAGGGCGAAAGAGCCCUAUUCUCUUGGAGGACAUGUUUUCAACAUAUCUUCUAUGCAAAAAAGAAGGGUGCUUUUCAUCAAAGUUUAGAGCCUUAUUUUGAAGGUUUUUUAAUUUAGCUUCAAACUUACAGGUGAAAAAGCAACAGGAAAAGUGUCGCGAUCACGUGAUCAGCAAGCAGUUCCACAAGCGGAUUUUUUAUGCUGGAAAGCAUUUCAUUCGUUUGCUUGUGGUAUUCUUCGCUAGUGCGGGAAAUUAGCAAACGGCCGAACAGAAUACAAUAGCAAUGAAUGAAAUCGCAAGCCUCUAAUGUUUCCGCGACCUGCCUUACGACCUGUCAGCAUGUAUCUAGUAAGAGAAGCGAAGUUCCGCCAUAGUCUGAGAAGGAAGAGAUCCUCGUUAUCAAUUGUGUAUCUAUUUACUUGAACUACUUCGAGCGUGUAAGCAUUAGCUUCAACUUCAACCAAAUCUUGCGACGGUUGUUAACCUGAUCAGUUCUAAUAUGACCCGGAGGCCAUCGACUGGGCUUGGGAGCUGGAAGAAAGUAGUGUGAUUUUUUAGAACAAGUCUCUGGGACCUCUUUAAGGAGUUAAGCUGAAGUGCUUAGUAAACAGGUUAAGAAACACGCUGGAAACAUGAAAUUCAAGGGGAGUAUCCAGUAGUAUUAUCAUUAUCCUUUCUGAACCCCGCUACAGAGGCAGAAGAGCUGCGCCGCAAACAGCGCGUGCAGAAAGAAAUGGAAGAGGCGGCAAAACUAGCAAAGAAAUACGCGAAGAAAGCAAAGAAGGAUCUGAAGAAGCAGCAGAAGAAGGAGAAGCAGCAGAAUAUUAAGGCUAGUUCAUCACUAAGUGGAACACGGUGCCCUGGUUAGAGUUUGCUGGGAUCUGGACGAGGGAGGCUUCAGAAGAAAAAGGAGGCACCGCUGUGAGCUUUGCAGAGUGAUAAACUAGUUCUAAGAACAAAAUCAAGCAGCUGAAAUUAUGGCUGAGAGUAGUCCUAUUUAUUAGCCUUGAUAUAUCAGAUUAGUAAUUUAUGAAUACUAGAUGGCAUGGCCGUCCUGUAGUAUUAUGCUUGACGCUGAUGGCGUGUGUUUAUCACCGAAACUGAUCGCUACUCUUCUCCUUUCUUCAGCAUAUUAUAAGAGGGGCGUAUCUUCUUGUCACGACGAUGCCAUAUCAGAUGCGUUUUUUAUCUGCAUGGCAAGAACAUACUAUCAGCCUCUAAUACGUCAAAAAAUUGCGAAAGCGCGCGCUGA